AAAAAAUAUAUUUGUUAAAGUCGAAGACCUUAAACUGAUAAUAAUCUGUACAAGUCAUUAUUUUACAACUUGGAAGUUACAUCAGCUGAUUUCACCUCUAAUCAGUUAAAGUGUGACCCUAAUGAGGUCAAGGGAUGGCACCAGAAAGGAGCUGACAUAAACUCAAUUCAAAGUAAAGCAGAACAGAAGUCAGGAAGGAUUCCUGGGCUUGUAUUUAUUCAUGGAACACCAUCUUUGUCGGUGAUCUAACAUCAUGAAGAAGGCAGAGCCACGCAGAGAGGAUGAGAGCAUUGUCUACAAAUAUGCUCUGUCUUCAGUUUCUGCUGUCGUUUCAGAGACCGUGACCUACCCCCUGGACCUUACGAAGACUCGCCUGAUGAUUCAAGGGGAGAUAACCAUGUCAGGGUCAACUGUAUCCUACUCCAACAGAGGAAUGUUCAAGAUUCUUCAUGGCAUCGUGACGGAAGAGGGUUUUUUCAAACUAUGGCAGGGGGUUUCACCAGCCCUGUACAGGCAUAUAGUUUACACUGGGUGUAGGAUGAACAUGUAUGAAGUGCUACGAGACAGAGUGUUUAUAAAGAAUGACGAUGGCACCUUUGCUCUCUGGAAGGGGGUGAUAGUGGGUUCAAUGUCGGGAGCGUUCGGUCAGCUGGUGGCCAGCCCCACUGACCUUAUCAAGGUGAACAUGCAGAUGGAGGGAAGACGCAGGCUUGAGGGAAAACCUGCCAGGAUCAAGAGCUGUUCGCAUGCAUUCCGCAUGAUACUUGCAGAGUCUGGUGUGAGGGGCUUGUGGAGGGGGUGGAUACCUAACGUACAGAGGGCCGCCCUGGUCAACAUGGGAGACCUUGUUACAUACGAUACUGUGAAGAGGCAGCUGCUGAUAAAGACAGAUCUCCCUGACAACUACAUUGUUCAUGCUUUAUCCAGUGCAUGUUCAGGAAUGGUGGCAGCAAUAAUGUGCACUCCUGCUGAUGUUGUCAAAACUCGGGUGAUGAAUCAACCCCUCGUCAACGGAAAGCCUGCUGUUUAUAAGGGCUCUAUUGACUGUUUGCUGAAGACGUUAAACCAGGAAGGAUUCCUCGCUCUCUACAAGGGCUUUUUCCCAACUUACUGCAGAAUGGCUCCAUGGUCUCUUACAUUCUGGAUUGUGUAUGAGGAGCUGCGGAAGGUGACAGGGCAUUCUUCGUUCUAGAUGCUGUGGAAGGUUACAGGGCAUUCUUCGUUCUAGAUGCUGUGGAAGGUUACAGGGCAUUCUUCGUUCUAGAUGUUUGUUUUAGUUGUUGCAGGAUACAUGCUAUAUAACAAAGGUGGUAUAAUGCAUGUACAUGAGUUUGUCUGUGAUUCAUUUCCAUUGUAUAGUAUUAGAUGACUUUUGUAGUAUUUAAAUGAGGUUUUAUGGAAUUAACUGUCUUGAUUAUGUCUUGAAUAUGAAUUGUUUAAAUGAUAUUAAUACCUUACAUUGAUUUGCAUUAUCUUAAAUUUUUAGUUGUAUGAUUGAAUGUGCUGACGAAUAAGGCCAACAUUUAUUCCAUUUGCUCAUUUUUGCUCAUUGAAUUUCUGAUUUUGUUACAUAUAUAAUUGUUGUUUUAUAAUUUAGAAGUGUACUUCUCUAUUGAUUUCAUGAAAUGGCGUGUGUGUGAUUCAGCUGGGUCAUUCUUUGUUCAUAUUUAUUCUGACAUGUAGAGGCUCAUUUCUAGUUACAUUUAAAAACUAUUUUUCCAUACAUGAAUGUUGCAUACAUGUACUGUUCUAUUAUAAUCAUGUUAAUGAUGAUUGUAUCAUGUACAUGUCUGCUGGUACAUGAAGUUUGUAUACAUACAAUGUCAUAUCAUUUCACACACUGCAAGCUCAAUUAAGAAGUAUUUAAACAUUAAUACGAUGAUAUUUGCCCUCAGUCACUAUUAUUUAAAGGGAAAAGCUGGUUUUAGAACUCACAUUUGAUUUAAGCACAGAAACAAAGUGAUGUCUAAUUUUAAGAGUGUUUAUGUAUAUAGGCAUAGAAGUAUGAUAUUUUGAGAUAUUUAACAGAACUAGAUUUACAACCAUUCUAGUUUAUUGUUGUUAAUAUUGAUUUAUAAUCACCAUUAUUGUUCUUUUAGAUCAGUCUUUUUAUUGAGAGUGCUUUCAUAAAAACUUAAGAAUUAUGAAAGCCUGUUGAAAAUAAUACCACUAUGAGCUGGUAUUUAAGAAAACAUAAACAAAUACUACUUAAAUGAGUGGUCAAGAUUGGUGACCGUAGUUGUUAUAAGUGUAUUAUGAAUUUUACAGUAUGAAUAUUACAACAGCACCCUGGAAAUGGGUAUAUCUACAGGGAGCCUUUACACUGAUUUUGUGAAUCAAAAAUAAAACAUUACAGCAACUGUAUUAACUUUCAAGUGUAAUGUAUACUGCUCUAAGUGUUAAUUCUUUAUGUCCCCCAAAGGUGGGUUUUUUGUGUCCUGACUAUUACUUUCUCUUAUAUGGACAGAUUUUAAAAUAAAUUGCCAAAUGUGUUUGAGUCAGUUUUACAUAUCAGAAGGACGUGUCACAAUCAACUUAUAAAGACAAAGUGUCACAUUCCUUUCUUCAUCAACACAUUUCAUUGCUAUUUUGUUUUCCUUUUCUAAAUGUUGUUUGAAUCACACUUGAGUACCACUUCUGGUGCAUUUGUUACUUACAGUGACAGCUCUUGUAGUCUCAUAUAUUAUUUUAUUAAGUUUGUUUUGGAUGAAGUUGAAUACUUGGAAACUACAGAACCUCAUGGAACAUUUUAUGAAAACAGUUGACUAUGUUGUCUGUUGUAAUUUAGUACUCAGACAACAUCAUGUAUGUUCUAGAAUUCUAGUCCUAUAAGGAAGUUGUGGUUGUUCAUAUGUUCACAGUUUACAUUCUAGUUCACCAGGGUGAUUUAUCAUGAUGAACCUCUGAUGAAUGAAAAUGACAGUUUAGUGCCUAUAUAUUUUUCUAUGUGUAGAUUAUAUAGUUCGUAACCAGACCAUGUAUGAUUCAGGUGAUUUCUUUGUGAAAAUUGAUUUUUGUAAUGAGAGCUGUAUAUUAUCGCUGAAUGCAGUUAUUGAUGUUCAUAUUAAAUGAUUCACAACUAUA